AAGUGGCCCAGCCCCUCCUAUAUUUUUAUGUAUGUGGCCCUCAAUGAAAAAGGUUUGGACACCCCUGGCCUAAACAGAAGAGACAGGUGUUGCAAUGGUCCAGUCAAAGUCCAGACAUCAGCUCAAUUAAAACCCUGUGGCAGGAUCUUAGCAGAGCUCUGCAUGAACAAAUACCUGCAAACCUCAAUGAACUGAAGCAAUGCUGAAAAGAGAAGGAGCCAAAAUUCAUCCAAAGGAAUGUGAGAGACUGAAAAAGUCCACAGGAAAACAUUAUUUCAAGUUAUUGCUGCUACAGAAGGCCAGUAAGCUGUCCAAGGCUCAGAGGGCAAAGCGGGAGCAAGAGGAGGAGGAGAGGAAACUUCGAGAGGAAGAGGAAGCCCGGAUCAGGGCAGAAAGAGAAGAACAGGAACGAGUGGAAAGAGAGAGAAAGCAGAAGGAAGUGGAAAGGCUUGAGCUAAAGGACCUAGAGCGCAGAGAGGCCGAGUUGAAGGAACUGCACCAUCUACUGGAGGAGAAUCAUACUGCAGUAACCAAAUGGAAAACUGAAGCUGUGGAGAUAGCCAAGUGGGAGCGAUACAUGCGUUGCGACGGUGCACCAGACCCAGCAGUACAGAAAGAGAUGAAUACAUACAUGAGCCUAUGGAGAGAUGACCCUGAGGUCAACAUUACGCUUGUGCUCCAGCAGUGUAAUCUUGCUCUGCAGCUGGUAGAUGAGUUGGAAGAUCUCCUCAAAGAUAUUACAGAUCCCCAGGAGCGCCAGAAGUACCAGGAGGUUCUCAUAAAUUUGCAGGAGCUAAUUCACUCAAAACACCACCUUGCUACUGAAGAGAUCCUUAAGAGUGCCAGUGAAAAUGUCAGCACUGAGACAGGCAACAUGCAGACUGUGAUCAAAGAUGACAACAUUACACUGUGUCUCUGGGCCAACCUCAAUAAGAUUCCAAGGUUUAAGAGUGUCAGCUUCAGUGAGGCAGGCCUCAGCUUUGAGCUUCCCAAGCAGCUGGCUGUGAGUGACAUCGCUGUGCGCAUCCUCCACACCCGCUAUGACCACCCAUCUUCAUUAGCCAGGAUGACUCAUCUGAGAACACACACACCCAGCAACAGGGUCCACCCGGCGAUGCAGUCCACCCAAAGAAUGCACAUCUCACAGAGUGAAGCCAGUCUGUGGUCAAGGAGGAACAGUCCAGAGCCUGAAGAGAUCCAAGUGAGCCAUGUCCAAACACAGAUGGAAGCACUUGAUGUCAGGGAUCCGACUAGUCCCCCGGAGGAGCACACAGUGAUCAACCCUGUUGCCCAGGUGGUAGACUUGAUGGAGUACACACCUCUGGGUGGAGUAUUCUACUAUGAUGCGUUUCACCUCCCACCUCAAAUUCAAUAUGCCCAUGGCUGGAAAUUUGUACAGGUGUUGAGGACAGGUAUGCAGGUGUUCUCUUACCAGGCCGAGAAGUCCGGUUUGGAUGGCCACGAGGCUCUCCCCUGCCCCCUUGUUGGGGUGUCUGUGACACUGCCCGAAUCUGUUGUCUUCUUGGAAGCUCCACAAGUGGCUCGCUGGGAUGCUGCAGGUAUAUCACACUGUGAAAUACAUUUGAAAGACCCCACAAAGUCAAAGAUAUUGAAACGGUCUACUCCCAAAGGUAAGCAGUGGAGGAUGGAUGGUAUCACCGACGUCUCCUAUGACGAGUCUGAGGGCAAAAUCUCUUUCAAGAUGGACUCCUUCCAAGCGUUUGCGCUGAUGCAGAAAACCUAUGCCAACCUUCCUUUUCAGAGCUGGGAGCUCCGGCCACUGGGCCAGGACUCUGCUCUCUACACUGUCAACGGGGCGUUCAUGAACAUCAGCAUCACUAUUCAGGAUAAUAAAUGUAUGCUGCAAUCGGAGCAAGAGGGAGGGCUCUCUCACCUCAUAGGAAAGUGGAUGAGUGGCUCGGACCUGCAGAGGGCCAUGGUCGACGCUGGGGUCAACAUCUUUGUGAAUGAAUACACGCACAAAUAUGUCAGCAGCACUGCCAAGGACCCACUCACAGAGCAUGCUGCCUACGAACAGAUGGCCCUCUUUUCCUCUGCCUGUGCAUUCUCGUGGAGCAAGUGGAAUGCUAAAUGUGGAGCUGAGCAUCUGGUCAUGCAGGUGUGUGAGCACCACGAUCCCUCCCCUGUGCCUAAGGACUCAUGGAGUCUGUACCUUCUGGGAGCUCAGAGGAGUCGAAAGCUGGCAAUCACAGAAACAAGUGAAGCUUUUUCUCCCGAUCAUUAUCCUGGCAGCGAGUUUCACUCCACCUUCAUCCACUUGCUUCAGGACACCAUGAGUCCCGAUGGCAUCGCUCAGACCAGAAAUUCCCAUCAUUUGUUUGUCGACACAGUGCAGAGCCUGCUCUGUGCCACAAGACCCCUGAUGUAUUCAUAAUCCCAGUGAAAUAAAGUUAAAAAUGCACGA